AAGACCAAUGGGAGUGGCGCUGAGGGAGGUUGAACAGCCCUGAGGGAGCGGCCACACGUAGUGCGUAAGCCAGGAGCAAAGGGUGACAUGGGUGUUUAGAAAGAACUAGAGAAAUAGCUCACAGUAAUUCUGAAAUAUCAUCGACGUGUUGUCACGUAGUUUUAAAGUCAUGUCAACUAGGAGCCGAGCGGGCUUUCAUCGCCAAGAAGUAAACAAAACAGUUUGGGAAGUACCUGAGCGUUAUCGAGACUUGAAACAGGUGGGAACUGGAGCUUAUGGAACCGUAUGCUCAGCAGUGGACCGACGAACAGGAUCUAAGGUGGCCAUCAAGAAGCUGCACCGGCCAUUCCAGUCGGAGCUCUUUGCCAAGAGAGCGUACCGUGAGCUGCGCCUGCUGAAACACAUGAAGCAUGGAAAUGUCAUUGGCCUCUUAGAUGUUUUCACAGCGUCCCUUUCGCUGGAUAGAUUCCAAGACUUUUAUUUGGUGAUGCCAUAUAUGGGCACUGACUUGGGCAAACUCAUGAAAAUGCAGAAACUCUCAGAGGAGAAAGUGCAGUUCCUUGUCUACCAGAUGCUCCGGGGACUUAAGUACAUCCAUGCAGCUGGAAUCAUCCACAGAGACCUCAAACCAGGAAAUCUAGCCAUCAACCAGGACUGCGAAUUAAAGAUCCUGGACUUUGGUUUGGCAAGGCAGGCAGACAGUGAGAUGACCGGGUACGUGGUGACACGCUGGUACAGAGCACCUGAGAUCAUUCUCAGCUGGAUGCACUACACACAAACAGUGGAUAUCUGGUCCGUGGGCUGCAUCAUGGCAGAGAUGCUCUUGGGAGCACCACUCUUCAAAGGAACUGACCACUUGGAUCAGCUGACAGAGAUAAUGAAAAUCACUGGAACUCCAACGCAGGAUUUCAUCCACAAACUGCAGUCUCAAGAUGCCAAAAGCUACAUUGAAAGACUACCUAAGCUUAAGAAAAAAGAUUUGCAAAUGAUGUUACCCAAAGCUAGCAAACAUGCGGUCUGCGUGUUGGACCACAUGCUGCUCCUGGACCCGGACUGCAGGGUGGCGGCCAGCGAGGCUCUGACGCUGCCGUACUUCAGCGAGUUCAGGGAGCCAGAGGAGGAGACUGAGGCCCAGCCAUAUGACCACUCGAUGGACCACGCAGACCUCACCCUGGAGCAGUGGAAACGUCACACAUUCACAGAAAUUCUGUCCUUCAAGCCUCUGCCGGCUGAGGCAAAGGAAACCUCUCUCUAAGAGAUGCUGCUUGCUCUUAAUGCCAAGGAUUCACUGGAGUUCACCUGUACCAUACCUGUUUUUGGAUGUGUACAUCAAUUGUGGGUUUGUAUGUGUAUGUAUGUGUGUGAGUGGUUGGGGGGGGGGUUGUGGGAGACAGAGUGAGAUUUGUGAGUGUGUGCAUUUCUCAGUGUGUGUGUGUGUGUGUGUGUGUGUGUGUGUGUGUGUGUGUGUGUGUGUGUGUGUCUCUUUGUGUGUUUAUUUCUUUUAUAGCCAAAGGACCUGCUGUUUCAUGAAAUACAAAUGUAUUCAGAGCCUUGAUGGUACAAUACUGUGUAUUUAUGGUACUGAAUUUUUUUUUUUACAUUUUGCCAUGUUGGGUACAUCUAGGGAAUGUGAUUUAAGUUGUACCUAGCUAUAAAUCAGCUAAUCUUGCAUGGCUUAUUUCAGAUUUCAGUUCCUUGAGAAAGGUGAGUCUUACAUUGUUCCUGUUUUUUUUUUUGUAUCUGUUUGGGGUUUACUUGGACUGUCUGCUGGACUAGCCCUGUAAGAAAGUGAAAUUUAUUGGACCUGAUUUUAAAAGCUGCUGAAUGUUUCCUUGAUGCAAAUAAGCCAAAGCUCAUCAAUAGCCAAACUGAGUGGAGAUUUGGGAAGACAUUUUCUAGAAAGCCAUAGAUAACUAGAGUGCCUUCACUGGGCUAACUAAGUGACCUGUUUGUAUGAUGAUUUCUGCACAGUAUUUUACAUUUGUCUGGAUAUAACAGUAUUUUUAUAUUAAAACAACUUUCGCUAAUUAA